GUGGGUGUAAUUUACCCUUCAAUUUAUUUGCACUCAACACUUAUCUUUACACUGUACUAGGUUGUGUAUUUGGAGCUUCUAGAACAUCAUAAAUCCUAGGUUUUCAUAUAACCCAAUGUCGACAACCAUUUUAACUGUUCGAAAACACGCUCUACUUUUAUAAGAGUUUGACUCCACACACACACACAGUUGACCUGAUUUACAUAAAUAGUUGACCAAAAAGAAAACCAAAUAUUUCAUUACAAAGAAAACCAAAAAAAACAUGUCUCAAAGUGUAAAAUUUCCACUACUCAUCACAUUAAUCUCAACUCUCAUUUUUCAAACUCUUUCACUUUCAAUACAAACUGAAUUCCAGGCUCUAAAAGCAUUCAAAAACUCAAUCACCAAAGACCCGUCAAGAUUCCUUAUUCCCUGGAAAGAUUCCGUUCACCACUGCACCUGGCCUGGAAUCGAAUGCGACCCUUCCUCUCGUAAAGUCGUCUCGAUAACAUUAAUCGACAAGCAAUUCCAGGGCCCGAUUUCUCCUUUUCUCGGAAACCUUUCGUCUCUCCAGGUUCUUGAUUUAUCUCUCAACUCAUUCACUGGAAAUAUUCCUUCUCAGUUAAGUUAUUGCUCAAAUCUCUCCCAAUUGAUACUUUACGAAAAUACCCUUUCCGGGCCUAUCCCACAAGAGCUUGGAAACCUGGAAAAUGUGCAGUUAAUCGACUUCGGCGAUAAUUCCUUAACCGGAAAAAUCCCCGAUAGUUUAUGUAACUGCACUUCGUUAUUGCAGCUCGGUUUGAUAAAUAAUAAUCUCACAGGCGAAAUCCCGGUAAAUAUCGGCAAGUUAGUUAAUCUCGAGAUGUUUGUAGCUUAUGGUAAUAAUUUAGAAGGUUCGUUACCUUCUUCAAUUGGAGAAUUGAAACAAAUGCAGGCUUUCGAUCUUAGCGAAAAUCGAUUGUCCGGAAAAAUCCCUCGAGAAAUCGGUAACAUGUCGAACCUGGAAAUUCUCCAGUUGCAUGUGAACUUUCUUGAUGGAGAAAUCCCACGUGAACUAGGUUACUGUACUAACCUAGUUCGUCUCAAUAUAUACGCGAACGAAUUCACGGGUGAAAUUCCGUUCGAGAUCGGGAAUUUAGUCAACUUAGAAAUCCUGAGGUUGCACAAAAACAAGCUGAAUUCAACACUUCCAAACUCUUUAUUCCAGCUGAAAUUUCUCACACAUUUGGGAUUGGCUGAGAAUUAUUUCGUCGGCGAAAUUUCGUCGCAAAUAGCUUCUUUGAAAUCGCUCGAAGUUUUAACUCUGCAUUCGAAUAAUUUCAGCGGCGAAAUUCCGUCGAGUAUAACUCGGUUGACCAACUUAACAUACUUGUCUAUAGGCUUCAAUUCAUUUUCGGGGCAGCUUCCUAAUGAAAUCGGUUUGCUCAACAAUCUGAUGAAUCUAACGGCAAACGACAAUUUACUACAGGGUUCCGUCCCGUUGAGUAUAGUCAACUGUACUCGUCUUCUUGUCCUAACGUUGACUUAUAACAGAAUUACAGGGGAGUUACCAAAGGGAUUAGGCCAAUUAUCGAAUCUCACUUACUUAUCUUUAGGGGGUAAUAAAUUGUUCGGAAAAAUACCGGAUGAUUUAUUCAACUGCACGAAUCUUGAAGUUCUUGAUUUAAGUCGAAACAAUUUCAAUUCUACCCUCGAACCAUACAUUGGCAAACUUUUAAACUUAAGAACUUUUCGUGCUAUCGAAGCCUCGUUUUUCGGACGUAUUCCUAAAGAGAUUGGGAAUCUAAGUCAACUUGUGUACUUGGAUAUUGGUGGUAAUAAAUUUUCCGGUCAAAUUCCGAACGAGCUUUCGAAGCUCGGAUCCCUUCAAGGGCUUUCCUUGAACGAUAAUCUUCUCGAAGGGGUAUUUCCGGAAGAAAUUUCCGAGCUUAAGAACCUCACCGAUCUCCAAAUGCAGCGUAACAAAUUAGUGGGGUCGAUUCCUGAUUCCAUCUCGAAACUCGAAUCGCUUACUUAUUUGGAUCUCAGUGGGAACAAGCUUAACGGGAGUAUUCCGAAAAGCUUAGGGAAUCUUUUCCGGCUGACGAAUUUAGAUCUUUCGAAUAAUAGUUUCACCGGGAAUAUUCCAGGAUCUGUUCUUGCUGGUAUGAAGAACAUGCAGAUCAACCUUAAUCUUUCACACAAUGUCUUUGAGGGGACAAUUCCAGAAGAAAUAGGCAUGCUGUCGAUGGUGCAAGCGAUCGAUUUAUCGAACAAUAAUAUAUCAGGGAAUAUUCCUUCGUCACUAGCCGGAUGCACAAACUUGAUCACGCUCGAUCUCUCUGCAAACAGAUUCUCCGGUAAAUUCCCGGACGAAAUUUCGCCUCAACUUUCGAGCUUGAACAUUUCGAGAAAUAAGUUCGACGGUCCACUUCCUCAAAGUUUGGCAAGUUUAAGGUAUCUUUCGACGGCCGAUUUGUCGCGAAACGAGUUUAGUGGUGUAAUACCGGAUACAUUUGCCGAUAUUUCAAGCUUGAAAUAUCUCAAUCUUUCGUUCAAUAUGCUCGAAGGCCGUGUUCCUCAAAAGGGUAUUUUCGGGAAUAUAGACUCGACGAGUUUACAAGGAAAUCGAGCUCUUUGUGGAGCAAAUUAUUUCAAGAAAUGCAAGAAGAAGAAGAGCAUUACAAUUACAGCUCAGCUUCUUGUUUUGGUAUUGGGAUGCGUUCUUACACUCGCUAUUCUUCUAUCAGCGUUAUAUUUCAUCCGCCGACAGAUCAAGAAAAGAAAAUGGGAGCUUCGGAAUAUUUCGAAGCUCGACUGCCCUUCAGCAAAAACUCUCAGAAGAUUCGAAGCAGAGGAAAUAGCAACGGCUACUAAUUCAUUCGAUCAAGAAAACGUCAUCGGCUCGAGUACUUUAAGCACCGUGUACAAGGGUGUUUUGGAAGAUGGUGAAAAAGUAGCCGUGAAGAAAUUGAAUCUUCACGAAUCGGCCGAUAAGUGCUUCUAUAGAGAAGUCAACACAUUGGGUCAAAUACGGCACAAGAAUCUGGUCAAAGUGGUCGGUUACGCUUGGGAGAGUGGGAAGAAACUCAAAGCACUAGUGCUUGAAUACAUGGAGAAUGGCAAUUUGGAGAAUAUGAUACACGACUGCGGUGCGGAUCGUCCGAGAUGGUCGUUGAUUGAGCGUAUAGAUGCUUUGGUUUUCGUUGCUGACGGUAUCGUGUACCUGCACACAGGCUACGAUUCCCCUAUCGUGCACUGCGAUUUGAAGCCUUCGAAUGUACUUUUGGAUAGUAAAAUGGAAGCUCAUGUUAGUGAUUUUGGCACCGCGAGAAUAUUAGGCGUUCAUCUCGAAAACGGAAGCAACCUCUCUUCUUCUAAUUCUUCGGCUUCGUCGGCGUUCGAAGGAACUAUCGGCUAUUUGGCACCAGAAUUUGCGUAUAUGAGAAAAGUGACGACGAAAGUAGAUGUGUUCAGCUUCGGUAUUAUAAUAAUGGAAUUGAUUACGAAAACGAGACCAACGGGAAUUGUGGAUGAAGACGGAUUGCCUAUCACACUAUCACAGCUUGUGAAUCAAGCACUUCAAUUACAUGAUGGAAGCAACAACCUAGGAAAAAUCGUCGAUCCUUAUUUAACUUCGCAUGUUUCGAAGAAAUACGAGGUUUUUGAAGGGCUUCUCCAGCUGGCAUUGUCUUGUACAAGUCGAGAUCCCGAUGAUCGGCCUGAUAUGGAGCAAGUGUUGUCUUCUCUUUCCAAGAUUCGUAAAACGGUGUGAUCGUGGCACACGACGAUGCAUGCAGAUAUAACUACUUCUGUAACACAAGCUACACUCGAGUUUUCUAAAAUGUGCAAUAAAUUCACUACCAAGUACUAUUUUAGUGAGGAUUAUUCGAGAACUUUCUAUUAAUGGUUUCUUGAAUUUUGUGUUUU